AUGGUUGCUUCCAGACCCGGUUCCCCUUACACAGGCCGUCCUACCAGCUCUUGCUCGACCCACACCAAGGUCGAGGAAGAAUUGCAUGAAGUUGCCGGUAUUGAUUACGAUAAGGUUACUAUCAAGCGCAACCCUUCUGUUGCUGUCUUGUACGAAGAAGCUUUGACCUAUGAACAAGGUACCGUGAUUUCCUCCGCCGGUGCUUUGUGUGCCUACUCUGGCAAGAAGACUGGUCGUUCUCCCAAGGACAAGCGUAUCGUCGAAGAAGAAACCUCUUCCAAGGAUAUCUGGUGGGGUCCCGUCAACUCCCCCAUCUCUGAACAGGUCUUCUUGAUUAACCGUGAACGUGCUGUUGAUUAUUUGAAUACCCGUACUCGUCUCUACGUGUUCGAUGGUUUCGCCGGUUGGGAUCCCAAGUACCGCAUCAAGGUCCGUGUGGUGGCUUCCCGUGCCUACCACUUGUUGUUCAUGCGCAAUAUGUUGAUCCGUCCCACCGAAGAAGAAUUGGAGAACUUUGGUACCCCCGACUUCACCAUCUUCAACGCUGGUGAAUUCCCUGCUAACCGCUACACCACCGGUAUGACCUCUACCACAUCGGUGUCUAUCAACUUCAAGCGUGCUGAAAUGGUCAUCCUCGGUACUGAAUACGCUGGUGAAAUGAAGAAGGGUAUCUUCACUGUCAUGCAUUACCUUAUGCCCAAGGCUGGUGUGUUGUCUCUUCACUCUUCUGCCAACGAAGGUCCCGAUGGCGAUGUUUCCCUCUUCUUUGGUUUGUCCGGUACCGGCAAGACCACUCUCAGUGCCGAUCCCAAGCGUAAAUUGAUCGGUGAUGACGAACACUGCUGGUCCGAUCAGGGUGUCUUCAACAUUGAAGGUGGUUGCUAUGCCAAGUGCAUUGACUUGUCUGCCGAGAAGGAACCCGAUAUUUUCAACGCUAUCAAGUUCGGUUCCAUCUUGGAAAACGUUGUGUUGGAUGAAGAGACUCGUGUCGUUGAUUACUCUGAUGACUUCCUUACUGAGAACACUCGUUGCGCUUACCCCAUCUACCACAUUCCCAACGCCAAGCUUCCUUGCAUGGGUGGUCACCCCAAGAACAUCAUCUUGUUGACCUGCGAUGCUUUCGGUGUGCUUCCUCCUGUGUCCAAGUUGACUCCCGAACAAGCCAUGUACCACUUCAUCUCCGGCUACACCACCAAGGUUCCCGGCACUGAAGACGGUAUUGUUGAACCUACCGCUACUUUCUCGGCCUGUUUCGGUGCUCCCUUCUUGGUGCUUCACCCUCAACGCUAUGCCACCAUGUUGGCUCAGAAGAUGUCUGAACACAAGGCUAACGCCUGGUUGAUCAACACCGGCUGGAUCGGUGGUAAGGCUGGCGUGGCCAAGCGUUGCCCUCUCAAGUACACUCGUGCUAUUUUGGAUGCUAUUCAUAACGGUGAAUUGGCCAAUGCUGAAUACGCCCACUACGAUGUCUUCAACCUCCAGGUCCCUACCAAGGUCACCAACGUUCCUGAUGAGCUUCUGGAUCCUCGCAAGAUCUGGAUGGGUACUCCCAAGGAAUUCGAUGAAUCCUUGCACAAGGUGGCCGGUAUGUUUGUCGAGAACUUCAAGACCUUCCAGGAUGGUGCUUCUCCCGAAACCUUGGCUGCCGGUCCCAAGUUGUAA